UGGCAACCUGGAGGUUUAAUACUGUUGGACAGGAAUGGACACUCUCACAAUGGACUUAGAUUCAAGUAAAUUAAGUCCUUAAGUUUCGGAUAACUUCUGAUGGAGGCGGUCAAGUACCUCUCCAUUUUGCACGUUAUUGUACCAGUAUCCGUAUUGUCCGGCGACAGCCGAAUGGAAUUGUAAAGAUUGUUCUGGCAAACGUUUAAUAACAUCAACAUGGCGGGCAGACGACAGCCUCGCAUGCAAAGUGAAGGUGACGUCAUCGGCAUGAGUGGGGAAGUCUUAUCGAGCACAAGCAUAAAAAACGAGUUGGAGAAAUGGAAACUUAUGAAUGAAAUGCACUCACUUAUAUGUGACGAAAAACAAAGCACGAUGAGUAAUAGCAGAAAGUUACGAAAGUUGAAGGAUGACGUAACAAAAAUGUUGGCAGAGAGUUGUGUAUAUAAACUGCACGGAUUUCAACGAUACGACCCGUUUUUAGCCGAUUCUGAAACCAACGAGAAAAAUGAAGAAAAAAGAACUACUGUGUCGAAUGAACUAAAUAAAUCUGAUUCUUCUGGAACACUUCCAUCAAUCAGUGAGACUGGGUCCUAUGUGAAAUCCAAUUUGAAAUCGUACGAUAAAAAGGAAGUUAAAAUGGUUGACGUAGUGUCAAUGACAAUCGCCAAAACUUUACCUUCUGUUGACAUCUCAGAAAAAACAUCAUCAAAUUUUGAUGAAAAUGACGUUGAAAAUGAAGGCGAAAACUCCAAAUCUAGUGUUAUAUCACCUUUAGCCAUGAGCUUUCAUGGUAUGGUAUUAUGGCGGCAGAAAAUACGUGACAGAAUAAUAGAGAAAGAGAAGGCGAAAAGGGAGCCCCCUGUCCGAUACCACCCAAAAGUAGAAACUCAGACUGUAACAAAUCGUUACAAGCAAAUGUUUCCUGGAAAUUGUAGGACGUACUUCGCGAUGAAAAAAUUUGUGGAAAAGGAAGCAGACACAAUGAUUAAUAAGGUAGACUCUCCCUUGUAUUACAAAAAGAUUUCUCAUCUAGAGAAGCUGAAAAAGAAAUGUCAGAUUCCCGAAAUCAUUCGAAGAGAUCGCUCAACAUCAGCUAUUUUCAAAGAUUUCAAAAGCUACAAAGCCAAAAAAGUAACUGACAAAAACCAGAAAGUUGCUGAUUGGCAAACGGCUUCAUGAGAAUAUGAUCGGCUUGUUCAUAAAUGAUAUUUGUACGAAAAAGGAUGAUUGAUUACCCUUCACAAAUAUUGUAUGUAAAAGUUAUAUAUAGUAGUUUAAAUAACAUGGCUCUUCCACGAAAAA